AUGGCAAAAGAUACUUAUUUAAGGAAGAUCUUGGGGGAAGAUCGUUGUAAUAAUAUUAGAAAAGCUAAUGUUUUAAUGGUUGGAGCUGGUGGAAUAGGAUGUGAAUUAUUGAAGAACUUGGUAUUAUCGCAAUAUGGUGAAAUUCAUAUAGUCGAUCUCGAUACUAUUACCUUGUCUAAUUUAAAUAGGCAAUUUUUAUUCCGACCAACAGAUAUAGAUAAGUCGAAGUCGUUAACAGUGGUGAAGGCAGUCGAAGCAUUUAAUUAUCAUAAUACCAAAUUAGUUCCGCACCAUGGUAACAUUAUGGAUACAAACCAGUUUCCGAUAGCAUGGUGGGAUCAAUUUAGUUAUGUUUUUAAUGCAUUGGACAAUUUGGAAGCUAGAAGAUAUGUUAAUAAGAUGUGUCUUUUUUUGAAAAAACCAUUAAUGGAAAGUGGAACUACUGGAUAUGAUGGCCAAGUUCAACCAAUAUUUCCUUAUUAUAGUGAAUGUUUUGAAUGUCAAGCCAAAGCUACACCAAAGACAUAUCCAGUUUGUACAAUUAGAUCAACACCCUCACAACCUGUUCAUUGUAUUACUUGGGCAAAAGAAUUUUUGUUUCACCAACUAUUUGAUGAAUCCUCGUCUACUGUAACAACCGAACAAUCCAAAGAGCAACAACGCAAGAAAUUACAGGAAGAAACGGAUGAUAAACAGGAGAUUGAAAAUAUGUUGAAGGAAAGCAAUGAAUUGAGCGAAUUGCGCCAAUUGAUAAAAGCACCAAACUUGGAAGACCGCAAUCAAUUUAUUCAUAGAACCAUCAUAAAAAUAUUCAAGGUUGAUAUUGAAAGAUUGUUGCGUAUUGAUUCAUUAUGGAAAACAAGAGUGAAACCGGUUCCAUUGCAAUUUGACGAGUUGUAUGUUAACGAUGUAAACAACUUAUUAUCUGACAAAAGGAAUGAAGUUAUAAUUAGCAGAGAUACUCUGGUAUGGUCAUUACUAGAAAACCUAUAUGUUUUUUAUAAAGCUAGUGAAAAUCUACAGAAACGGUUAGAUGAAUCGGAAUCUUUUGUAUCAUUUGAUAAGGAUGAUGAAGAUACUCUUAAUUUCGUGGUGGCUGCUGCGAACAUAAGAUGUAGCAUAUUUAAUAUUGAAGUGAAGAGCAAGUUCGAUAUUAAGCAAAUAGCUGGGAAUAUUAUACCUGCUAUAGCUACAACCAAUGCUAUAAUAUCUGGUUUCUCGAGCUUGGGGGCAUUAAGCUAUUACAAAUCUACAGCUGAAAACAAUGAUUUUGGUGAUAUGCUGAAAGAUUCAUCUACUGUAUUUGUCAGUAUCAGACCUAAUAAGUAUAUUACCUCAGCAUCUUUAGUUGGUCCAGGAGAUCAAUGCCCUAGUUGUUCACUUUCAAGAGGAUUACUUAACAUAAAUGACAACGAGCUAAAAACAUGGACAUUGAAGGAUUUGGUAGAUAAGUUAAUCCAAACUUACGGAUACGAAGAUGAUGUUUCUAUAAUUCUAGGUCAGUCGAAAUUAAUAUAUGAUUUUGACUUCGACGAUAAUUUAGAAAAAAAAUUGAGUGAAAUUAAUGGAUUCAGGAAUGGAGAACUACUUUUAGUUCAGGAUGAAGAUGAUAUGCUUGAAAAUUUGGAAUUGUACAUUAAUACUAACUAUGUAGAUUCAAGCCAUUUACCUAUUAUAAAGUUGCGCCCAAAGAAACAAAAGGCAGGAACACCAAGGGAAAGCGAGGAAGAUCAAUAUCAGGAUAUUUUGACCAAUGAUGAUGCGAUUAUUAUUGAUGAUGAGGAAGAAUUGAUCAUAAAUGACCACGAGGGCCCAGACUCGAAGAAACGUAAGGCCGAACCUUUAGAAGCUAACGGCAAAAAGUUGAAAGCAUAA